AUGUCGAAUGGUCUCACAAAUGCUACUGGUAUUCCGUCAAAUGCGAUUCAAGUUCCUGUGCAGUACCUGAAGAAUUCUUUAACCCACAUAACUGAUUUGCUUUCAAGUCGGAUAGAGGGCCGCAACAAUGUAGACUUUUAUGACUCACUGGAUAUAUCUUAUUCUGCACCGCUGGAUCUUUCACAGACAGGACGAGGUCAUAAACGCUAUGAAAUAACUAAAGACCAACUUGAACACUUACGAUCGCUUUAUUUUUCUUGGGAAGCAAUUGCUUGCAUUCUUCAGGUUAGUCUUUCAACCCUUCAGCGGCGACGAAGAGAACUCGGUCAGUGA